AGCUGGGAAGAAUCAAAAAAAAGAAGCGCGGCGAGAGCUGGCGGCCGGAGCGGGCGGGCGGCGGGCGGGCGGCGGCGCCCAUGGACUCCACCGCCUGCUUGAAGUCUCUGCUGCUGACCAUCAGUCAGUACAAAGCGGUUAAGUCGGAGGCGAAUGCCACCCAGCUUUUGCGGCACUUGGAGGUAAUUUCUGGGCAGAAGCUCACACGAUUGUUUACACCAAAUCAGAUAUUACCAAGUGAAUGCUUAAGUUGCCUUGUGGAACUACUUGAAGACCCAAGCAUAAGUGCACCACUGGUCUUAAGUAUCAUCAGCUUGCUAUCUCAACUAGCUGUAGACAAUGAAACCAGAGACUGUCUUCAGAAUACCUAUAACCUGAAUAGCGUGCUGGCAGGAGUGGUUUGUCGAAGCAGCACUUGCCAUAGUGAUUCAGUGUUUUUGCAGUGCAUUCAACUUCUGCAGAGAUUAACAUACAACGUCAAAAUUUUCAAUUCUGGUGCCAAUAUAGAUGAAUUAAUUACCUUCCUGAUAGAUCAUAUUCAGUCUUCUGAAGAUGAGUUAACAAUACCUUGUCUAGGAUUAUUGGCAAAUCUUUGUCGUUACAAUAUUUCUGUUCAAACAUACAUAAAGACAUUGAAUAAUGUGAAAUCUUUUUAUAGAACUCUUAUAAGCUUCCUGGCCCAUAGUAGUUUAACUGUGGUUGUGUUUGCACUUUCAAUAUUAUCCAGUCUGACAUUAAAUGAAGAGGUUGGGGAAAAGCUGUUCCAUGCUCGAAACAUUCAUCAAACUUUUCAGCUAAUAUUUAAUAUUCUCAUAAAUGGUGAUGGCACACUAACUAGAAAGUAUUCAGUUGAUUUAUUGAUGGAUCUCCUUAAGAAUCCUAAAAUUGCUGAUUAUCUUACCAGGUAUGAGCACUUUUCUUCAUGUCUUAGUCAAGUAUUAGGUCUUCUCAAUGGAAAGGAUCCUGAUUCUUCUUCAAAGGUUUUAGAAUUACUUCUUGCCUUCUGUUCAGUGACUCAGCUGCGCCACGUGCUCACUCAGAUGAUAUUUGAACAGUCUCCAUCUGGCAACACCAUUCUGGGAAGCCGUUCUAAAUGUUUAGAACCUACUGUGGCUCUACUGCGCUGGUCAAACCAACCUCUGGACAGAUCAGAAAACUGUUCUCUUCUAGCCUUAGAGUUGUUCAAGGAAAUAUUUGAGGAUGUUGCAGAUACUGCUAACUGUUCCUCAGCUGACCGUUUUGUGAGCCUUCUGCUGCCUACAGUCCUUGACCAACUUCAGUUCACAGAACAAAAUCUAGAUGAAGCCUUAUUAAAAAAAAAAUGUGAAAGGAUGGUCAAGGCCACUGAAGUUUUGUUAACUCUUUGUGGAGAUGAUACGCUAAAACUGCAUGUUGCAAAAACUCUGACUACUAUCAAAUGUACCACUCUGAUAGAACAACAGUUUACGUAUGGCAAGAUUGAUUUAGGGUUUGGAACAAAGGUAGCAGAUUCUGAAUUGUGCAAACUUGCUGCUGAUGUAGUUUUGAAAACCCUUGAUUUGAUGAAUAAACUUAAGCAGUUGGUUCCUGGUAUGGAAGUAAGCUUCUAUAAAAUCCUUCAGGAUCCACGCCUGAUUACUCCCUUGGCUUUUGCUUUAACAUCAGAUAAUAGAGAACAAGUACAGUCUGGAUUGGGAAUAUUAUUGGAAGCUGCUCCACUGCCAGAUUUUCCUGCAUUAGUACUUGGAGAAAGUAUAGCAGCAAACAAUGCUUACAGACAGCAGGAAACAGAACAUAUGCCCAGGAGAAUGCCUUUGCAAUCACUAAAUCCCAGUCUUCCAACAUCUGUAAAAUGUUUAACUCCUCCACUUUUAAAAGCUAGAGUUCCUGGAUUGAACAUUGAGGAAUUAAUAGAAAAACUUCAGGCUGGAAUGGUGGUAAAGGAUCAAAUUAAUGAUGUGAGAAUAUCUGACAUAAUGGAUGUAUAUGAGAUGAAACUGUCCACAUUAGCCUCCAAAGAAAGCAGGCUACAAGAUCUUUUGGAAGCAAAAGCUCUAGCCCUUGCACAGGCUGAUAGACUGAUUGCUCAAUAUCGCUGUCAAAGAACUCAAGCUGAGACGGAGGCACGGACACUUGCUGGUAUGUUGAGAGAAGUUGAAAGAAAAAAUGAAGAGCUUGGUGUGUUGCUGAAGGCACAGCAGGUUGAAUCAGAAAGAGCACAGAGUGAUAUUGAGCAUCUCUUCCAACAUAAUAGGAAAUUAGAGUCUGUGGCCGAAGAACAUGAAAUACUGACAAAAUCCUACAUGGAACUUGUUCAGAGGAAUGAAACCACUGAAAAGAAGAAUAAAGAUUUACAGACCACGUGUGACUCUCUGAAUAAACAAAUUGAGACGGUGAAAAAGUUAAAUGAAUCAUUCAAGCAACAAAAUGAAAAAACUAUUGCCCAAUUAUUAGAGAAAGAAGAACAGAGAAAAGAAGUCCAGAACCAACUUGUAGACAGAGAAUGUAAGCUAGCAAAUUUGCAACAAAAAACAAAAUUACAAGAAGAAAAGAUUAAAAUCUUGCAGAAAGAAAGGGAAGAUAAGGAAGAAACCAUUGAUAUCCUUAGAAAGGAAAUAAACAGAACAGAACAAAUAAGAAAAGAAUUAAGCAUUAAGGCUUCCUCCCUAGAGGUUCAGAAGGCCCAAUUAGAAGGUCGAUUGGAAGAGAAAGAGUCGCUGGUGAAACUUCAGCAAGAGGAGUUGAACAAACACUCUCAUAUGAUAGCAAUGAUCCACAGCUUAAGUGGAGGAAAAAUAAGUCCAGAAACUGUGAAUCUCAGUAUAUAGACAUUGUGUAUUUAUCUUCCAGGGGAGGUGUGGUAGGGAAGGUAAUUUGUGACUCCGGAACAAUAGUCAAUUAUUAUCUAAUUAUUAAUUUAGUAAAGAACCUGAUCUGAUAAAUAUUUUUAUUUGGUCUUAAAAGUUUUACUUCUUGUUUCUGGCUUUUAUUGCUUAAAGCUUCUUUGGUUCUUCUAUUAGAAUGUUCUUCUUGACCGCCAUUAUUGUUUUUCUAAGCUUUUUCCUCUUUUUCUUGGUUGUUUUCCACUUCUGCUUUUUAAUUUAUUCUCAUUUGUGAUUAGAUUUUAAAGUCAAACUUUCUUGAUAUAACCUCCUAGAGAUUAAGAAAUUGAAAAUAUAAUUAUUAGUAUAAAAGAAGGCAUGGCAUUGCCAGAGAAGUUUUUCUCUAAAUAACACAAAAGAAAAUUCACUAAACUUAAAAUAAUUGUAUUAUUGCAUUUAAGAUGCAGUCAGAUUUAUGGUAUUAGUUCUAAAUUUGAAAAAAAAUGCAGUGAAUAGUUAGAGAAAUAAUAUGAAAAAAUAGAAAAUAUCUGUGUUAAAUGAAUACAUUGUCACAUCUUAAAAAGCUAUUUGUAGAAUUAUUAAUGAGUAGCCAUAGUGUUUUACUCUUUUUAAAAUAUACCAUGUUGAUCUGCCCAUAUCAUUUCCAAUCCAUUAUGAAUUUCUUUUGAUUUAUACAAGGAUAACUUGGAUUCUGCCCUUGCUACAUAGUGAGACAUUUAUGAUUUGUUGAUUCUAAUGUGAAUUGCAUUUAAUUUCUUUCAUUUAAAUAGUUUUUAAUUUGGCCAUUUAAUUUUAAGGCAUAGGUUAAAUAUCCUUGUUCAUGUAUCUCUUUAAUACAAGAGAAUUUUUCAGUACGCUUCAUUUGUUUUUUGUUGUUGUUAUAUUUUAUUUACUAAUGGGAGACAGAGAGUCAGGGAGCCCGAUGCAGGACUCAAUCCCAAUACUCCAGGAUCACACACUGGGCCAAAGGCAGAUGCUCAACCACCGCACUGGGCCAAAGGCAGAUGCUCAACCACCGAGCCACCCAGGUGCCCCAGUACUCUUCAUUUGAAUCAAAUGUUGUAAAUAGUGUUUAAGAAUAGUUUUUGUAUCCAUAUUUUAGUUGGUUUUAUUGCUAUAGUUUCCAACCAUUAAUUUUGCUUGAUGUUUUCUUCCCUGUUUAUAUCUUCAUGUGACUUAAGUGAAUUUAGAUUUACUUCUAUUUUUCAAUUAUAGUAUAUCUGAAUUUAUGUUUAGAAGUUAAAUAUAUUUUCAUAAUUUGCUAAUUACAUUAAGUAUCAAACUAUCAUAGUUUUACAUUUUUGAAUACAUGUAUAGUUCUGCAAAUUUUUUUAAAAAGCAUUGUACAGAGUAACACAUUUUAGGUUGCUACUUGUUCUAUAAGGGGUACAUUCUGUUUCUCUUUUGAAAUUGCAGGGAUUUUCAUUUUUAUUUGAAAACAGUGUUUAAAUGGAUAGAGAUGACUGAAGAACAAAAGGCUCUGUAAAGUAAAAAAUUUCUGUAAAAUAAAUAAAUGAACCAAAAGCUCUAAGGAAAAUCAAACUAUCUUGACAGUUUAGACACUUUCGAGACACUGAGCCUAGCCCAGUGCUGCCCAAUAGAAAUUUUUGUAAUGUUGGAAAUGUUCUAUGUACUGUCCAGUAUCAUAGUCUUUAGCCACAUGUGAUUUUUAAGCACUUAAAAUAUGGCUAGUGCAACUGAAGAAUUUAGAUUUUAAUUGCCAUACUGCUGGACAGUGCAGACCUAGUCCAUUCUUGCAAGAAUGCAUUUAUUUAAGGUACUCAAUUUGCCUAUUCUUAAAGACCCAUAUAGACAGAGACUCCAUAUAUUUUUUAGCAGCCUUUUUUUUUAAUACAACAGUUUUAAUUGUUGUAUUGAAGUCAUUCCUGAUGUGUCUCUAAAGAGAAAAAUAAUUUAGCUUUAAAGGUGAGUACUAAUCAUCCUCUUCAUUUCUUCUGUUUAUCCUAGUCUGUCUCUUACAGCCUCUUUCAUAUGGUUUCUAUUAUUUUUCUUAACCUUAGUAUGUUGAGCACUUUUUUAUUUGUUUGCUUCUUAGGUCUAUGUACCUCAGGUUAAAAUAACAAGGGGUAUGUGUGUGGGGGGGGGUAUUUUCUUUCUUUAAAACAAAUGAUUUCUUUGUGUCCAUGUGUGCAUAACCAUUUCCUAAUAGAAAAAGUAGAACUAAAUAAUGCAUCAUUGUCCUAAAAUUGUUCAGAUUCUCUAAAAAUUUUGCUAUGAAAAGUUUGUCCAAGUGUAUAUUAGCACAGUUCCUUUUGCCAUUUACAUUUGCCACUUGAGUAGACAUGGACUACUCUUAAAAUUUGGCUGAUUGAAGUUUAUACUAAACUGUCUAUUUAAUGUCAGGGCAAAAACAACUACUUGUUAAAACUUAAUGCUGUGUUUUGGGGGAAAAUGAUCAGAUUAGUGUCCUUUUAGUUGUAUUUAUUUGUUAUAAGGCUACUUAUUUAUGUGAAGGAUAUAAUGAGACUCUGUCUUGAGUUAGGAUUCUUAGUUAAAUGAGAAUGUUUGACUUUCAACUUCCACCUGAAACUCAUUCACAUAUGUUAAGGUACCUCUAAUCAAGGUAUAUUCCUUAAAACUCAUAACCUUUAAUUUGAUUCUUUUCCUCUUUUCAGAUAGUUACAAAUUGUGUUUACAGCCUUGUUUCUGAUUUAUCUACUGAUGAACGAAACACAUGCCCUGUACAAAGUAAUUAACUUUGUAGGAGUCAAUAAACAUUUCUGUAAAUG